GUGGAAUGAGUUUGCUGGCCCUGUGGGUUGAUAUUGCUCCUUUGAGUCGUCUAAGAGGAGCUCCCAUCCUUUGGCGUCUUGCGCUUUCUUUUGAGAGGGGAAGAGAUGAAGAGAUGGAAGCGAACCUACCGAGCCACCCAGCCCUCACGAACGCAGCACGACAUCGAAACCUGGUACGGCAAAGCUCGAUAACGAUGACGGAUAUUGUCCAAGCGAAAGACACAACUCUAGGAUGAACGAAAAUCGCACUCAACACCAUACCCACGAUCCGAACAGCGCGAUCUUGAUGGAGCACGCUGGUAGAGAGCGAUGAAGACAUACUUGGAGGCGCGACACAGAAGGAAAGACAUCACAAUACCACCGUUGCCAUGCAGUCUAUAUAGCCGCAGAUGCUAUAUACGCAGCGCUGCAUCCUAUCUCGCGGCAUUGA